UCUUGCUGAGCGCCCUUUUGACUUGGCGUGUGCCACAUGCUCACACAGAGCAUUAAAAAAUAAAUUGAUUAAUUGCAAAAUAAAAAUAGUUUAAGAUUCAUAUUAUAUAUAACAAAUAUAUUUAUAACCAGUUUUUUUUUUUUUUUGUGUUUAGGCGACUAAAAGAAGUGCAGAGCACUGAUGCCAAGCAGUCUCCUAUUUGCGUAUUAUUUGAGCUUCUGUCGUGCCGAAGCCGCAGUCGCAUUUUAACAUUUGCGAAAACACAGCGUACGAAGCGCAGGCGAGACAAUUCUAAAGCUAAAUAUAAACUGUGAUUGAACUAUAUUACUUUGGAAACACAUUGGAUUAAUUCAAGUUCAACCAAAAUGUACUACAUGGGAUUAGAUUGCGUUUGAAAUUAGUCACGAACUGCAAGUGAAGUGUGAAAGAAAAACAAUUGUUUGGAAUAAUAAAAGACACUUAAAGCUUGCAUACAAGAUGUCACGUGGGUCACAUUUGUCGGGUACUCUGCAUUGUUGCUGCUAUAAGUUGUUUUUGCUCUUAUGUGCUGCUAGUGCAUGGCCCGCUACAGUGGCGAGCCCGCCUUAUCGCUCGUACGGCCAAUGCACUGAUGCCGAAACCGGACGCGAACUCUACAUCGGCGAGUCCUUCACACGUCCGGGCCAAUGUAUACGCGUGCAGUGCUUGGGCACACUGCAGCUGUGGGAGGAUAGUUGUGAAGUACCGAAAUUAGAGGGUAAUUGCAGUCCCGUACCGCCAGGCAAUGAAUUUCUCAACUAUCCAUAUUGUUGUCCACUGUUCGUGUGCAGAAAGAUUGCCGUUAGCGAAAAGGAUCGAAGAGAAGAGAUACGUACAUACAAUCAGUAUGGCACUAUGAUUAAACAAGACAUACAGCAAGUUUUCAGUGUUGGCCCAGUCAAGGGAAAUGUGCCGGGCGCUGGCGUGAUUACGCAAUUUGAAAUUUAACUGCCCAAACUAUUUGGCAAUUUUUGUAUUUUUAGUCGAUUUCUAUGACGAUUACAAUAAGGAAUUAUUAAUAAAUGAAAAAGAAAGGUACUAAAGGAAAUAAAAGUGAUUUAUUCACGUCCGUGAAAGAGAAGCAUAUUAAA